AGGAUCCGGCCCCUAAAAAAAAAAAAAAGCCCUAAACGCAGCGCCUCGCCCCCCCCCUCCUCCCUCUCCGAGCCCCCCGACUCGCUCCGCCAAGGCAUGGAGAAGGGGACCCGCCGCUCUGCGCCCUGCCACGCCGCCCUGCUCGCCUGGACAUGGCUCUUACUCCUCUCCUGCUCCUGCACCGGCGCCGAGAUAACUUGCGGCCCCUGCUCGUCUCCCUCCCGGCCUCGCCUCGGGCUGGAGCAGCGGCAACCACCGGCACCGGGGAACCGGGCGCGGGGCUCCGGGGAACCGGGGGGCAGCGCGGGGGCGGGCGGCGCGGCCGGGGGCCGGGGCCCGGCGGUGCGGAGCCGGCGGGCGGCGGCGGCGGCUGCGGGAGGCGGCCGGGGGCUGCCCGCAGCCGAGGGGCAACGCGGAGCCAGGGCUCAGCCCCGCGGACCCCCGGAGGAGGGGAGAGCGGCGAGGCUGCGAGGGGCAGAGGAGCUGCGGCUGGGCAGCACCACCUUCGCCCUCACCGGGGACGCGGCGCACAACCAAGCCAUGGUGCACUGGUCCGGCCACAACAGCAGCGUGAUUCUCAUUCUGACAAAGCUCUACGACUUCAACCUGGGGAGUGUUACUGAGAGCUCGCUGUGGAGGUCAACAGACUAUGGCACUACCUAUGAAAAGCUAAAUGACAAAGUAGGCCUGAAGACUGUGCUGAGCUACCUUUAUGUCAGUCCCACUAACAAGAGGAAGAUCAUGCUUCUUAGUGAUCCAGAGAUUGAGAGCAGCAUUCUCAUCAGCUCUGAUGAAGGGGCUACGUACCAGAAGUACCGUCUGAACUUCUAUAUCCAGAGUCUGCUCUUCCACCCCAAGCAGGAGGAGUGGAUCCUGGCCUACAGUCUGGAUCAAAAGCUGUACAGCUCCAUGGACUUUGGAAGAAAAUGGCAACUCAUGCACGAGCGGGUCACUCCAAACAGGUUUUACUGGUCGGUGGCCGGUUUGGAUAAAGAACCAGACCUUGUACACAUGGAAGCCCGGACAGCUGAUGGACACACCCACUAUUUGACCUGUCGGAUCCAGGAGUGCUCAGAGACCAAAAGGACUGGGCCAUUUUCACGCUCCAUUGACAUCAGCUCCCUUGUUGUUCAGGAUGAAUAUAUCUUCAUCCAGGUGACAACUGGUGGAAGAGCAAAUUACUAUGUGUCAUACAGACGGGAGCCUUUUGCGCAGAUUAAAUUGCCCAAAUACUCUCUUCCUAAGGACAUGCAUAUUAUCAGCACAGUUGAGAAUCAGGUGUUUGCAGCUGUUCAAGAGUGGAACCAGAACGACACAUACAACCUGUAUAUCUCAGACACCCGAGGGGUUUACUUCACCCUGGCCUUGGAAAAUGUGAAAAGCAGUAGAGGACUGGAAGGGAAUAUCAUCAUAGACCUUUAUGAGGUAGCAGGGAUCAAAGGCAUAUUCCUGGCUAACAAAAAGAUAGAUGACCAAAUCAAGACUUUCAUUACCUACAACAAGGGCAGAGACUGGCGUUUGUUGCAGGCACCGGCCACCAAUCUAAGAGGGGAUCCUGUAGUUUGCCAGCUGCCCUUUUGCUCAUUGCACUUACACCUGCAACUCUCAGAGAAUCCAUAUACUUCAGGAAGCAUUUCUAGCAAGGAGACAGCCCCUGGACUGCUGGUGGCAACAGGUAAUAUUGGCUCUGAGCUUUCCUACACUGAUAUUGGCAUGUUCAUCUCUUCUGAUGGUGGAAAUUCCUGGAGACAGAUCUUCGAGGAGGAAUACAAUGUGUGGUUUCUGGACUGGGGAGGGGCAUUAGUGGCCCUGAAACAAACGUCAGUGCCCAUCAGGCACUUGUGGGUGAGUUUUGAUGAGGGAAGAUCUUGGAGUAAAUAUGGUUUCACAUCAACACCACUUUUUGUGGAUGGAUCCCUUGUGGAUUCUGGCAUAGAGACCCAGAUAAUGACAGUUUUUGGACACUUCAGUCUCCGUUCUGAAUGGCAGCUGGUCAAAGUGGACUACAAGUCUAUCUUCAGCCGGAGGUGUAACAAAGAUGACUACCAAACCUGGCAUUUGCACAAUCAGGGGGAACCUUGUGUCAUGGGAGAGAGGAAGAUCUAUAAAAAACGCAAGCCUGGAGCCCAGUGUUCCCUAGGUCGGGACUAUUCCCGAACUGUGGUAUCUGAACCGUGUGUCUGUGGUCAAGGAGACUUUGAGUGUGACUAUGGCUAUGAGAGGCACAGCAACAACCAGUGUGUCCCAGCCUUCUGGUUCAGCCCAUCUUCCCUGUCCAAGGAUUGCAGUAUUGGUCAAAGCUACUUGAACAGCACUGGGUACCGAAGGAUUGUGUCUAACAACUGCACAGAUGGCUUGCGAGAGAAGUAUAUGGCCAAGGUGGAGAAAUGCCCUGGAAAAGCACCUCGAGGACUGCACAUCCUCACCGCUGAUGGAAAGUUGGUCACAGAGCAAGGGCAGAAUGCCACCUUCAUCAUCCUUAUGGAAGAGGGUGAUCUCCAGAGGACAAACAUUCAACUUGAUUUUGGAGAUGGCAUUGCAGUAUCCUAUGCAAAUUUUAGCCCCGUUGAGGAUGGCAUCCGGCAUGUGUAUAAGAGUGCUGGAAUUUUUCAGGUGACAGCCUAUGCAGAAAACAGCCUGGGCUCUGAUACUGCUGUCCUCUUCCUGCAUGUGGUCUGUCCGGUAGAGCACGUCCAUCUGAGUGUCCCUUUCGUUGCCAUCAGGAAUAAGGAUGUCAACAUCACUGCAGUAGUUUGGCCCAGUCAAGCAGGCACACUUACCUACUUCUGGUGGUUUGGUAACAACACCAAGCCCCUCAUCACCUUGGAAAGCAGCAUCUCCUACGUCUUCGCUGUGGAGGGGAUGAACACUGUCACUGUGCAAGUUGCUGCGGGCAACACCCUCAUCCAAGACACCAAGGAGAUCGCAGUGCACGAAUAUUUCCAGUCUCAACUCCUGUCAUUUUCUCCUAACUUGGACUACCACAACCCUGACAUCCCUGAAUGGAGACAAGACAUUGGCAAAGUCAUCAGAAGAGCUCUAGCACAGGUGACUGGUAUCCCUGAUGAACAGAUCUUGGUAGCUGUAUUUCCUGGGCUGCCUACUUCUGCUGAACUCUUCAUACUGCCCCGUAAAAAUACAACAGAGAUGAGGAAAAGCAGUGAGGCUGAUCUGGAGCAGGUUGUUGAAAUCCUUUUUAAUGCUCUCAACCAAAACCUGGUCCAGUUUGAACUGAAGCCUGGUGUUGAAGUCAUUGUGUAUGUCACUCAGUUAACAUUAGCACCCCUUGUUGAUUCCAGCACGGGUCACAGCAGUUCGGCGAUGCUGAUGUUGUUGUCUGUGGUGUUUGUAGGCUUGGCUGUUUUUUUAAUCUACAAAUUCAAGAGGAAAAUCCCUUGGAUUAAUAUCUAUGCCCAAGUUCAGCAUGACAAGGAGCAAGAAAUGAUUGGCUCUGUCAGCCAAAGUGAAAAUGCCCCCAAAAUCACUCUGAGUGAGUUCACAGACCCCGAGGAGCUGAUGGACAAAGAACUGGACACGCGAGUGAUGGGAAGCAUCUCAACAAUUGCCAACAGUGAAAGCACAAAGGAAAUCCCCAACUGCACUAGUGUUUAAUACUGAGAGUCCUCUUGGUCUACAACAUUUCUGAAUUUUUAUUUGUAAUUAUUAUUGUUAUAAUUAUUAUUAUUAUUAUGAAAA